AUGAGAUGGGCGAUCAGGUGUGUGAAGUGCGGGGCGGACCUGAAUCUGAGCUCCGCCUACCUCUAUCCGCCGGAAACCUACUUCGAGGCCGGGAACAAGGGGUCGCUGUCCUUCUCCUGGGCCGACGAGUCGAAGCUACGGCUGACCAAGGAAGACAAGAUCCGGCCCUUCUUCGAGACCAUCGACUACUGGGGCAUCCAUCGCACGCGCACCAGGCUUCAGUGCUCCCCCUGCGGUGCCGUCGUCGGCCACAUCUACGACGACGGCCCGCCCAUGAUGCAGGGGAACGGCCAGUACGGAUUCGGUCCCAGCCAAGUCAUCCCCCGGGCGCCUAGGUACCGUUUUAAGACCAAGGCCCUCAGGGUCCUCCCGUAG